AUGUGUCAACAGUUCCUCAAGUUGAAUCCUCUUGCUUUAAUUCCUAUUCUGGUGGAUGGCGAUUUUGUUCUUGCUAAAUCCUUAGCCAUUAUUAUGUAUUUGGACGAUAAGUAUCCUCAAUACCCUUUGCUGCCUCAUGACGUUCCCAAAAAAGCACUCAAUUUUCAGGUUGCACAUAUUGUUUUGCAGAAUAACAUCAUUGAGAAAAAGGUUGGCCCUCAUGAAAAACUUCCUUGGGCACAAAGUGUCAUUAGAAAGGGCUUCACAGCACUUGAAAAGCUACUGAAAGAUCAUGCAGGGAGAUAUGCCACUGGAGAUGAAAUUUUUCUGUGCAAGAUCACUUGGAGGAUUUUAAUUGGUGUUGCCGUGGAAAAUGUAAUCCGACAGCCCAUUCCAGAGGUGAGUAACUGUUACAGUUGUUUGGUAAAUAAUGCUGGGAUUGGUUUGGGUGAUAAAUAUCCUAUUGGCAGUAAAGUACAAGCUGUUUGGAGUGAAGAUAGAAGUGCAAGUAUUUUUGCAGCAGCCUCGCUAGGAAUGAACAAGGGAAUGAACACUGAUACAAUUGUUAAGGCUAAGAGUUUUUUUGAUGGUGACGAAGAUCAACAUAAAAAAGAUGUGUUUGAGAAGAAUUUGAAGGCACUUCAGAAGAUUUUUUAG